GAACUUAAUAAUGUCUCUCUUACAGGAUUUCUGGCAGUUUCUCCAACCGUUAUCCUCUGGAUUUACAGAGUCGUUCACCACCAGCUGUGACUCUGGCGAGUCAGACCCGUGCCGGGAUGAUGCGGCUGCUCUCACCCUCAAGUACGCAGCUAUGGCGUCCAUCCUUGUCGCUGGAGCAGCAGGCGUCUCCCUUCCCCUCGUUGGAACCCUCCUACCUUCAAACGGUGGUCUCAUGAGAGGAGCCAAAGCGUUCGCCGCAGGAGUCAUCCUCGCAACAGGGUUUGUCCACAUGCUCUCCGGAGGCUCCGAAGCUCUGUCCGACCCGUGUCUCCCGGAGUUUCCAUGGAAGAUGUUCCCAUUCCCUGAGUUCUUCGCCAUGGUCGCGGCGCUUCUCACCCUGCUCGCGGAUUUCAUGAUCACGGGUUACUACGAGAGAAAACAAGAGCAGCUGAUGAACCAGUCCGUCCAGUCACUUGGUCCGGAUCCUGAAGCCAGGUCUGGUCUUCUUGACUCGGGUUUUUUGAGGGAUCAGGAAGAUGGUGGGAAGUUGCAUAUCGUGGGGAUGCGAGCUCACGCGGAUCAUCACCGUCAUAGCCUCUCGAUGGGACCCGAAGGCUUUGAGGCUCUAGCGAAUAGGAGCGGUGUUGCAGGUCAUGGCCAUGACCACGGGGACGUAGGCUUGAAUAGUGGUGUCAGGCACGUUGUUGUUUCUCAGAUACUUGAAAUGGGAAUAGUAUCACACUCGAUAAUAAUAGGAAUAUCACUUGGAGUAUCACACAGUCCAUGCACCAUACGUCCUCUCCUCCUCGCUCUUUCCUUCCACCAAUUCUUCGAAGGUUUUGCCCUUGGUGGCUGCGUUGCGGAGGCCAAACUAACCCCACGUGGAUCAGCUAUGAUGGCUUUCUUCUUCAUGAUUACUACUCCAAUCGGUGUCGCUGUCGGAACAGCCAUUGCCUCGUCUUACGACUCCUAUAGCGUUGCGGCUUUGGUGGCUGAAGGAGUUCUUGAUUCUCUUUCUGCGGGUAUACUUGUCUACAUGGCGCUUGUUGAUCUGAUAGCUGCUGAUUUUUUGAGUAAGAAGAUGAGUGUGGACUUUAAAAUUCAAAUUGUGUCUUAUUGCUUUUUAUUCCUUGGAGCUGGGAUGAUGUCUGCUCUUGCUAUUUGGGCUUGAUUAGUUUUUCACUUCUUGAAUUUUCAAAACAAGCUUUUGUUACAUCAUAACAAAACUGUUAUUUUCCUUUAUGUAUACAUUAAUUUGUUUGUUUCAGUUUUUUUUUUUU